CGAAGGCAGUUAUGCCGAUCAGCUCAAACCGUGUGUGUGUGCCGCCAAAUUUUGACCCCGUGAACAUUUCGCAUUAGCCCCGAAUCGCCGCGGUGCUCUUCUUUCGGUCGAGAGAGGUGUGUAACGGAGCAACGAUAAUUCAGAUGACCGGUCGACUUGAUCGAAAUCGAGGUUCACUGCGACUCGAGAAUCAAGCCAGAGAGUAACGCAAAAAGACGAAAGGAUAACGAAAGCACGACGGACCCAAGGAGAGGAAUGAAAAAGGUGGAGAAGGCUAAAGAAGGAGAAAAAAUAUCGGAGAAGUCUCUCUCGGAUGCCGAAUGCUCAAAGAGGAGCGGCUGGGGGUUAAAACGCGGGGGUGGGCCGGCUUCGAGGAUAACUAAAUAAAUCACCGAAGAUAGACUCGGCAAGGGGCGCUUGUUCGUUCCUGCAUCUAUAUAAGAGAAAAGGAGAGCGCAGAAAAGAAGAAGAAUCUCUGGUGCACGUAUACCGAGUUCGCUUGCCCGACGCACCUUCAUUUCCCUGUACAAAAACGAGGCGAAAUAGGAGAAUGAAAAAAUAACUGUAUUUCGAGUUUUCUCGGGCUCCGUAGAAUACAUUUUGUCUCGGUGUGUCUGUAAAACAUUAAAAAACAAAAGGAUAAGAGAGACGCAGGCAGAGAGGGAGCGAGUGAAAAGAGUCGCUGGUAACAAAUUCUAGAAACGCUUGGCGAAGGAAAGGACGAGAAGGAGAUAGCGAAAGGAGACACGAGAACACGGGAGGAAGAGCGAGCGAGCGGCAAGGAUCUUGCGCUUGGCGUGUGCUUUUCAAGGCAAAAGCUCCGCACAAGCUCACCGCUUUGGGAAAUUAAUUAAACUCCUCGCCUGCUCGUUGCACUCAGUGCUCCAGGACGAAGGCGAAGGAGCCGAAGAGGCAGAAAGAGGAGAAGGAAGAAACAGAAGUAGUGCUUGUUAUUUAUCGAAGGCUUCGUGCGGCGAGCCUGUGAAAAUGAUAACGCGCGAUGCCUCGCGAAGAUGGCAAAGUAAAAAUGAAGUUCGAUUUAAUCGACGGGAAUAAGGAGCUGAAGAGGAAGCUUUCAUUUGCUCGCAAUCAUUGUUCUUUACGAUACUAAUAUAAUUGAGAACUAUUUUUCCGCGUUGAUUUUUUUGUAGCCUCCCGUUACGAGUGAACAAAGAAGAUCGUCGAUAGCCAAAAAUAGGGGAGAAACUUUCCAACGUUUUUUUUUCGUCGGAUCAACUCUUAUUUUUCUCCGUCGAAAUUCGUUGAGAUUCGCAGCGCUAUUUUAACGAAGCAUCACGGAAAAUUCCAUUAAUAAAAUCAUGGAAAGGGGAAAGGAUUGUGGGAGGAAGAAAAAUAAACGGAAAAGCUCGCAAACAAAUAAACGGUGCAUUUACGGGGGCAAAGAAAGUGCAGGUAUAAGCUAUAAAUGGUCGAAGUGGCUGGUGGGAAAUAUAUAAGCAAACGUACGCUGAUAAAUGAACGUUUCGUUGUUCCGUCUCGCGAGCCGAAAGCGCGCGCGCGCGCGCGCACGACCCGCUUGUGUUUCGAAAUAAAGAGGAUUGCCCGGAUAUUGCGCAAAUAAAUUCGCGGAAAAACAUCGCAGCUGCCUCUUAAUACAUCGACCGAUCUAAUAAAUUAAGCAAGAGGAAAUUCCGAUAGGAAGACAAUAGAACGAAAAAACACGACAGCGAAGGAAAACGAUCGGGAAACACGAGAGAAAUAUAAAUUCGAAAGUAAAAAUUCGCCGAGAUCACGCGAAUCCUUUUCACGCGCGCCCGUUUGAAAAUGACUAAAAACUGUAAAGCACGAGAAAAUACGGAUUUAAUACGAUCCGUGGCACCAAAGAACGAGCAAAUGUAAAAAAUGUCAUUAUCAGAGCCUCAAAUGAAGAAUUGGAUGAAAAAUAAAUAAACAAUAUCAACGAAUCCCCCUGAAAUCCGAGGAAAAACAUCAAAGCGAAAGUAGGAAAGAAAAGAAAGCACGAAGACAAUAAAUGAAUGUGAAAAAUGUUCUCAAAGCUACGCCAUCUUGUUACCGUUCAAAGAUACUCGUUUUCUCUUCCUCUCUUUUGUGCAGCGUAGAAUCGAGAGUCCGUGGUUGCUGAUAAACGUCUGACUAAUGGGAACAGGCAAAUUGCGUGCCCGAGAGAGCUUUAGAAAACACACUCGACAUUGUGUAUGCGUGUAUCUGCUCGUAUGCUAGAAAGCUCGAAAUGGGGAAGGGAUGAGGGGGUCGCUGUCAGCGUGAAAAAUGAAACUCUAAUGCAAAUAGUACGUGUUUAGUGUCGCUGGUGGUGUUUCGGAGCUCAGGAAAGCAUCGGAAAAUCGUUAAAGACAGCAGUGGCUCGUUGAAAGCCUCAAGAGUCUUCACGUGCACAGGAAGUUCUUGUGGCAACGAAGGAAUCGAAGAACGAAAGGAGCCGAAAGGGGAGGGCCGAAAGGGUGGGAAAGCCAUCCUGCCGGAAGUGUCUGCUUCUUCCGGAACAAAGAGCGAUGCAUUACGACAUCAAGAGAAAAGAGACGAAACGAGAGAACGAGGCGAAAAAAACGUGGAAAGAGAAAGAGAAGGGAGCAGCGAAGAGGGUGAGAGAAUUUUGGGGGAAGAGACGAAGGAAUGAAAAAGUGUUGGGAAAUUAUUUUCCCCUAAAAAUAUAAAUUUCGAUAGGAAAAACUCUUGAGAUAACGAAAAAGUGGAUUUCGAUAAAUUUCAAACGAUCGCAGCCUUCGAUAUCGAGUCAAGUUAAUUCGCCCAUUUGACAAAAUGGCCGGGGCUGGGGUAAGCGUCGGUGGCGGUGCAGGGAUGCUCAGAGCGCGCAGGAGAGACGUCAGUGUCAAACCGAACCGAAAACUCGAUCGAAAGUCCUCGAGAGGUAUGAUUUACGAGAACGAGGAACUCCGACUGAGGACCAUCAACAUCAACGCCGAAGUUGAACAAGGUCAGAAUGACAUUAAGAAGCUACGCAGAGAGAACGAACAGCUCAGACACGAGAUAUGGAGCUUGCGCGAUGAGUACGACAAACUCGAGGAGAUUCUGAAGGCCCAGAAAAAUCGAGACGACAGCGAAGAUUAUGAGGAUCGGAGCGAAGCCGAAGACAAGGAGGAUGCGGAGGAAGCCGAAGAUUGCUCGGACUAUACCGACGAGGAGGAGGAGGAAGACGAGUGUCACGCGAAGGAAAAAGAUUCAUCCGGUGCCGAUGAGAGCAACGCCGACAACGAGACUAACCAGGAAGAGCGACUAGAGAACGCGGAAAACCAGAAAAUAUCAUCGGAAAAGAUGAGCAGCAGUGGCCACAGGCUUCACGUCGAAUUCGACGACCUUUCGGUGGUCGACGAGGAGGAGGAAAUAAAGAAGGACAGAGAACAAAAAGACUCGACAUCGUUGGAAGAAAAAGGGAGCGUGAAACAGCCGAAAGAGGCGGAUUUACUUCGCAUGAAAUCGCUCAACGGUUAUCAAUGUUUUCCUCGUUACAGUUCGCCCGUCUCUUCCGGUCCUCCGAGCUCUCACUUCCGAGAUCGAUUACUGGAGUACCCGAGCUCCGGUAGAUCCGAAUUCGGGCAAACGUUACCGUUCGAGGUUUCCACGUUGUUGCCCACCCAACGUCCGAUCCUCUAUGACGAUUCGUUCCCACCGAUUGGGAGUUACGAGCAACUCGGAAUUGCCAAUUUACCGCCUGGAUACGAUCAAAAGCGUGGCCAUGAUCGAGCGCCCUAUGCCAACCCGGUCGGCUGGCAGAGCAACGUUUAUGCACAGAGCAUCGGUUUCCAGACGUCUGGAAACUGCGCAAGCGAUGCAUUAGCCACCCAACAAUCAAUCGUGUCUCCGCCGCUCAUGUUCCAGCCUCCGGAUCAAAUGGAUCCGGCGACCAGGUCGAUAAACAGCUCGAGGGCGGCGAGCUCGAUUCGCGGCCGCCCAGUCGCCGAGGAAACGGACUCUUGCCCUAGGCUCACGGACAACGCGGCAGUUCCAAGCCUCUCGCGACGGCGUAAUUUCCUGCAGAGGCAAUUGGCACAGUUUCAUGGGGAAAGUAUUAUUUCCAGGGUGCAAGGAAGCAGCGAAAGCAGGUCGACCACGCCAGCGGAAUUGCUGAGCCACAACGGCUGGAGCUUCGGCAACUCGAGGUCGGGUCGCAGCGCUCGGGAAACUGGAAUAGACCGGGAGCAAAUCGGUUGUAACGAGAUCAGAGAAAAUCUCGUGGGCUUGGAUGAGCACCGGGAGCUCGGAGAUUUAUUCGGAUACGUCGAUGACCGUCCGAAACAUUUUUUCGCACCGUUGUCCGCUAAAAUUCAACACGUUAGCGCGGAUUCCGGUGAUAAAGCGGUGCCCGGAACCGCGAACCUCGUCGACGCCGCUGCCUCGGGCUACUUCGAGAACUUUGGCACGGGAAAGAGUUCCAGCAGCGACAAGACCAAUUCUACCAUUAUUUCAACGAGGCACUUCCAAACCCACUCCCAGCUGCCGCCCACUUUGCUCGAGUUCAUCGGGGAUAAGAACGAAAAAGGGCCGGCAGAUAUUUGCGUGAAUGGUGGGGUCGCUGCUUUUGUCAACGGAUUUCCCGGGCUCGGGAUCAACGAGGGGCUAAGUAACACGAGCUCCGACGACCUUUUGGUCGGUGACAGGCGACAUUCCGGUGGCAAUAAUAGUUCGGCGUCAAAGCACGGUUCGAACAAUCCGCUGGUCAAGUCAGUCUCUUGUCAGGAUCUUAGCAGCGAACAGAUGCAAAAUUCCCUCUUCGAGAUGGCCAGGACUUUCCAAGCCGACGGCAAGUGCCAGAAACUCACGAAGAGCGACAACACGCUGGACAACCCGGCGUCCAAGGCGUCCAAACCUUUCAGAAGUCAAUUGAACGUGACCCUCAGGUUUCCUGGGUAUAAUUGCGGGGCCGGAAGCACCAGCGGCAGCAAACAACCUGGACGCAACACUCCCGAGACACCGGAGAUCCCAAAAUUGCCAGCUAUCGAUUACCGGCUGCUGAACAAUCCGUUCAUCAAAUCGUUCGAUAGGAAAAGUGGGCUUUAUGGGAAUAACAAUAUCCGCGGCCCACUGGGGCGACUACUGGCGAAUGAGGCGAGCGAGAGCUCCAGCGAAUGUGACAAAAUGCUCCAGCACCAGGCCUCAACGAUCGAUUAUUCGAGUGCGCUGUUGACACAAUCAUUCGCCAGACGAUUGAAUCCGGAUGAGAAUACGAUUAAAGGGACUAGAAGUUACGAGACGAGCAGCGAGAUUGAGAGCGAUCGUCACGGUGGCUUGAUGUCUGCUAAGACGACGUGCCAAGUGGGGAGCAUCGAUCCGCGAAUAAUCGGGACCCCUGGUAAGCAGCGUCAAGACUACCAAGUGACGUCGUUCGAGGCGCCUAAUCCUCGCAGUUUACACACCGGUAUGGGAGCUUACGAGGUCGACCCGAUGCGAUUGUUAACCGGAUCAUCAGCCACGGAUCCACUGGUAUCGAAUCCCCCGAAACUUUAUCGAAACGUGCCUUUUGUCCCGGGCAGUCCAGCCCUCUAUUGUUCCGGCUCCCAAAACGCUCUGCGAAUGUUUUAUGAUAACCAGAAGCACAAAGUGCCUGCACAGACGCAAACCUCGAUCGAAGACGAUUCGACGACUCCCGUGAACGAGACGACGAGCAGCAGGCCGCUCCUUAAAAACGUUCAAAUUCCUGAAGCGGAUAACCACAGCAGCACCGAAUCGCCAACCUCGACCCAACGUAAACGCGUCCUCCGGAAAGAAAGGCCGACACAAAAAACAAGCAAAAGACCCUUGUCGCCGGCGGCACAGCGCCGAAGACUCAGGAAACAAUCGAGUUCGGAUAUCACUGCUGACUCUAGACUCGUCGAGGACAACAAAACCCUCAACAAAUCCAGACAACUCGGCUCAUCAAAAACCAACACUAUGACGACCACCGGCUCCGAAAAUACGGAGGAUAAAAACGAGAGCAGAUCCUCAUCCUCCGGACAAGAAUCCCCCCGAAAAGAAGCCAAUCGAAGAAUCUCCACGUAUUUUAAUACGAAGAAACGUGCUUCCCUCGGAUCCGUCAAAACUACGAGGAGUUUUAGUGUCGACAAUGCCAGAGACAAUAUUGGUAAUAGACACCACGGUGAAACAGUGGAAACAACCAAUUCCGAAAGAGAAAGAACUAAUUCAGCCAGCAGCAGAGAAGCUGUCACUUCCAAAGCGCGCAAAUCGAGUGUGAGCAGUGGAAAAGUUCCGUGGUGCGCGUGUUGGGGAAACGGCUGCGUUUGAUUAUCAAAAUAUGUAUUUUAACACGCGUUUACGGAAAUCUAUUUAUACACUGGUCAAGCACUUGCAAAAAUCCCCUAUAGAUUUUAGCAUCCCUCAUUUUUUCAAUCUCACAAUAGCUCGCGUUUAAGCAUUUUUACAUGCAACUUCUCAUUAUUUACGGUAAUCGUAACGAUUGUAUGAUUACACUGCUGCACGAUUAUGUGAAACCAAAAUAUCUAAUGUCGCCGCGUUUAUUUUUAUUUUGUACGAGAAUUCUUCAUUGCUAAAGAAAUUAGUAUUUUGUAGUACGAUAAAAAGCAAAAGGAAAUAUAAAUGGAUACGUUUCA